GUCCGGCUUGUGGCUCUGAAUCACCUGUUCCUGCAGCAAUGUCUUCGCAGCAGCAGCAGCAGCAGCAGCAGCAGCAGCAGCAGCAGCAGCAGCAACACCUGUCCCAGAAGAUCCAGCAGCAACAGAUGAAACAGCCCUGUCAGCCACCACCUGUCAAAUGUCAAGAGGCAUGUGUACCCCAAACCAAGGAUCCGUGUGCUCCUCAGACCAAGAAGCAAUGUCCACCCAAGGGCAUCUCUGUCCCUGCCCAGCAGACAUGCCCCUUGGCCCAGCAAACCCCCAAGAGUAAACAGAAGUAA